AUGUCUGAACAAACAAUUCCAACGGAAAAAAAAAGUGAAAAUUGUUUAUCAUUAGAUACAGAAGAACAAAAUAAAAGACGUUUUCAAAUAGAAUUAGAAUUUGUUCAGUGUUUGGCAAAUCCAUGGUAUUUACAUGAUUUAGCUCAAAAAGAUUAUUUUCAAGAUCGAGCAUUUCUUAACUAUUUAAAAUAUCUUAGAUAUUGGAAACAACCUGAAUAUGCAAAAUACAUAAUUUAUCCUCAUGCACUUCACUUUUUAGAUCUUCUUCAAAAUCCACAAUUUCGCCAAGAUUUGAAAAAACAAGACAUAGCAACUGAGAUUCAUUCUAAACAAUAUUAUCAUUGGAUGGCAUGGAGGAACAUUGAUGUGAACGUAGUUAGAUCAAUAGUGAAGUUGGUGAAAUUUUACCAUCCUGCUCCUCCUGCUCCUACAGAAAAAUCCCCUAUUUCUAUACUUGAUGGAGUCAAUUCUAUAUUGGUUCCUCCUACAUCAAAAUUUACUCCUGGUCAAAAUAAUUGUUCGGGUGGAAUUCAAGUUCGUCAAUCAUCCGACCUAAAUCUUCUAAAAAAUUGCAAGGUAUUUACCGGCACAAUAGCAAUAUCCAACGUUGAUGAUAUUUCAGAUUUGAUAUUCAACAGAUUGGAACGUCUCGAGGGAACAUUAGAUAUUAACGACAAUCGACUAUUAAGACGUGUUUCAUUCCCAAAUCUAACCUCUGUCACCCGGAUUGGGAUUGCUAAUCAAACAACGUUGACGAAAAUCGAAUUUCCGUUUUUGAAACAAGCCGACACAUUAACAUUCCGUCAAUUGGCUGCUGAUGUAACGUUUGACAGUGGAUUGGAGUUUAUCAAUAAUAUUGAAAUUAGUGAUACGAAUAUUCACGAAUUGAAUGGUUUCAAUCCUAAAAAUGUUAUCACCAUUUCAAUUAAUAAUAACCCAUUUUUGAGAGAAUUGAAAUUGGAUAGUUUACUAAAAGUUGAUUCAUUAUACGUGGCUUCCAACCGCAAUGAUGGGUUUUCCUUUGAGGCACAAAAUUUGCAAACUGUUAAAGAUCUAGUAAUUGAAAAUGUUACAAGUCUUUCAUUACCAUCGCUCGUCUCCUCCGAUUCAGAUAUUGCGUUAUCCGAUAACAAUUUUUCAAAAUUAUCAAUACCAAAACUUGAUUCAAUAUCUGGAACAUUUGCCAUAAAAAGUAAUCCCGAGCUCAAGAAAUUGGAUUUUCCGGAAUUGAAAAAUAUGGGUGGGGCUCUAAUAAUUUCUGAAAACCCAAAAUUAUUAACUAUUGACGGAUUUCCUAAACUCAAACGGAUAAAUGGUGUUAUGGAUAUUACCGGCUCGUUCUCGGAAUUUUCGAUGCCUGAAUUGAAAGAGAUACGUGGUGGAGUAAAUGUUGAAACUAGCGAUAAGCGAUUUGAUUGCGAUAAUAAUAAAAUCAAUUCGUUAAAAGAUUAUGGAAUAGCCAAAGCUUUAGUAAUGACUCUUCUAAUGGACAUUUAUUAUUGUUGA